AUGGCGUUGAUCGUAACGCUACUGGCGACGCCGCCAUUUGGUGCAACACAAUCACCCGAUGAUCUGUAUAUAGUGCGACCGACGCCAGCCCUGCGCGUGGCUUCCGAUGACCUAACCACUGUGCUCUUGGUCAACAAUGAGGCCGGUCGGGUGGGCGACAACCACGGGCGCUUCUUGUCUGUCCGCCCCGAGGUGGGCCUCUUGACCUCGACAGCGCGUACUUUUAUACAGGAGGGCAUCACCACGGAAUAUGCCACACAGGUUGUAGGCACUACCCUGGACAAUGGACGCUUGUAUGCUCAGUAUCUAAAGAAGAGUUCUCGCGUACUUUUUGAGAACGGUCAUGUGGCACCCUCCGUAGUCACCAGCUGGGUGGGCGAGGGUGGACAAACACGCUCCUAUCUGCAAAGCCACAAUGAUCUAUUCAAUGCAGAUGAUGCCGAUUGGCAAGACCUAGACGAUCGACUGGGCGUUUUCGUUGGCAAUACUGACUUCGUUAGGGCCAAGGCCGGCAGUGCCAGUUCCCAAGCGCUUCCUUUGGCAGCAAAUAACCCUGGAGAAACAGCUGCUUCCUACUCAGUCUCAACUUCGUCAUCGUCGGCCAAACAAGUGCCGGUUGUUCAAUUGGUGGGCCGUUCAGGACAUAUAGAGGAAAAUGCCCGCAAAUUGGCUGCCCAAAAAGUUUUGCCGAUUGGCGAUUUGCCCACCUAUACGGUAAAGAAUCAUUUCGAGCCUAGUGGCUACACUUCGAAUGGCGAUAUAGGCGUGGUUGUGGAGCAGCAAGUCAGCUCAUCUGUUUCCAGUCCUGACGACAAGGACGAUGGACGCUCACCAAAGGUUUACUAUCAGCAGCUGAUGACGGAACGCAAUGACUUAAAGCCGGGUGCAGCAGCCACCUUUAAGGCCCAGUCGUUGCCAAAAAGAGUGUUGUCAACAGUUACCUAUUAUGGCUUUGCUGACUUCACGACCGUGGUGGGGGACAGUGUUAUAGUCUUUUCACCCAGCACCGCUCAGCCCAGUGGCAAUUUUGGCCACGUCACCUCCAUUAAAGGCAAAGCAACCCUGAGUGCUAACCACGCUCAAAACGUGCCCCAAGCAAGCGUGGAAAGUUCGCAGCCUCAGGCGACCAUUGAAGCCACUAAAAUCGUAGAUGAAAUCCAAAUCGUGCCCACAAAAGUAAACUCGUUGGCAGUUGGUGUUGUCACAACAAGUGCAAUCAAUGACAGCACCGACAUAAAGGAUGAAAAUGAUGACACUACACCAGCAAUAGACGUGUCCGAAUCAACGCCGGAGCUUACCACACCCACGACUAUUACUACGCCCACAACCCCUACCUCUCCAAAAGAAGAAGUUCCACAGAAGGUGGCCGAAGAUGCCAGCACAAUUAAAGUAAAGCCAAUGUUCUCCCUGCCCACAGAUCAAGAGAUACUCGAGAUCUAUGCCUCCCUGUCCAAGGCACAAGCUCAGACUGAAGUCACAAAAGACAGCACUUCGUCUAGUGUGUCUGUCCAGAAUGUGGAGGCAGUAACAGCUCAGAUUAAGGCUGAAACUACUCAAUCAAACUUACAAGUCCAUGGUGGAGCAACAACUAUAUUUUUUGAGGACGAUCCAUUUGCCAACUUCGUAGAGCCAACCACAACAACUUCAGCUACAAUACUGACAACAGCAACCACUACCACAGCCGAAACGCCGUCGGUAAAAAGUGUUACACCUGAAACUUCCACAGAAGAGGCAACAACCGUUGCCAAUGAGCCGGAUGUAUCUACAACUGUGGAGGACAGUGAAGAAGAAACCACCACUGCGAAAGCACCUGCUGCAGAUCAGGGCAUAGUUACCGAGAAGAUUGUUACCGUCACUGAUGCGCCCGAUGUCGUUGUAAAGGAAAUUAGUCCAAAUGAGACGGACACGUCUGCCCUCGCCGGUUGCUCGACGACCAAGCAAGUGUUCCUGACUCAACUUCCGAAAACUCUGACCAUUUUAAACACACAAAUAUUACGUCCUGAUGGCGAUAGCAAUGAAGAAGAAACGUCUAUAGAGACAAGCGUACUCUCUACAUAUGAAAUACUGGAAACCACUAAAUAUUAUUGCAUUCAGGCUACACAAGUUUUAGAGGAAGCUCAACGAACCGAUUUACCUCAGCUAGAGACUCCAGUAGACAAAGAUGUGAAGCAUGCGGUUACUGAAGCCACGUUAACAUCCACGGAGUCGACAAGCGAAGAGGACACCACAACGGUGACUACGGAGGCACAAUCACAAGAAGAGAUGGCAACCACUGAGGUCUCUGAGCAUGAUACAUCGAGCACCAUGAAAGAUGAUGAGGGUAGCGAAUAUGACAAUGAAGACUAUGAAGUGGAAAAUGAUUCCGACGAGGUCGAUUUGAUUUAUAAAACACUCUACACAACCUACACAUACUUGACAACAUUCUUCCAAGGCGACUCCUCGACUGUAUCUAGCCACACGGAGAUUGUCACAAAUGUAAUUACAUCAACAGUUGGCAACGAGCAAAUAGACGUGAAGCCCACUGAUAUAGUGGCUCGUAUUGGAGAGAAUGAGAUAUCUGCCACACAAACUGUGCAGUCCGAUAUCAAGCCCACAGUUUCCAAAUACAUGAUACCCGAUGAACUCUCCAGCCGGUUGCACGACGAUGAAACGAAUACAUCUGAAGAGCAAGAGCAAACCAUAUCGAAUGAUGUCACCCAAAGAACCAGUUACCUUGAUGACACCAUAUACACAAAAACCUUUUUCACCACUUACACCUACUUCACAACGAUUUUCGCAGAAGGCGAAACCGAAAUAAUGUCACGCACUGAAGUCUUUACGAACUUUAUAACGAAAACUGAGCCCGUAUCCGCUUCAUCAAACGACUUUAGAACAGCCACUCCAACGGACACAGUCAAUGCUGUCUUGACACAGGAGCAAAAAAGUGAAAAGCUUACGUUGUCUAGCCAAGAACAAGCUAUAACAAAUGCCUUCAAAAACGUCACCGGCCGUGCGCAAGACGACAAUGAAGAUGAGCACCCGAUUGACGAUCAGGUUAGUUCUGAGAGCAACACCGAGGAGAUAAUACCAUCAGCUACUUUGCUGCUUCAGACUAGCUUCACAACAUUUACCUUCUACACCACGAUGUAUGUUGGCGACAAUACGAAUGUUAUCAGUCGUCUGGAAACUGUGACAAAUGUGGCCACAGAGACACUGCAGCCAACGCGAAUGAUUGCGACCGAAGACGCCACUUUGCCGAUCACAUACUUCACUACGUUUACGUACUGGACGAAGCUGGCGAAAAAUGGAGAGAUCACCACGAUAAGUAGGGAAGAAACCAUUUCAAAUGUGAUCGAGCCGACAAAUAUUGCGGCAAGUUCCACCAAUGUCCCACAAACUAUUGAAGCUUCAGCCGUUCCGGCACAAAUAAAUGAUGGCAAUGCCAAUAGUGAUCAAGAGACCGAGGCCGCAGUUAUAAAACCUACAGCCACUGUACCUGAAUUAACAACUUAUUAUACGACGUACACCUAUUAUACCACCUCAUAUGAUGCCAAUAAGACUAUUACAGACUCACGUUUCGAGACCAUUACUAAUGUGGUCACCCCAACGGCCGAUCUCGCUCCAAUAGAUAUAGCUUCAGCUGCCUCAAAAGAGGCCGGUGACACCGGCAGCAGUGGCAGUACCAGCUCAAAUGCUCAGAGCGUAAUUAAUACCUCGAAGCUGCUAUUGUAUGACUACAAGCACAUCAUUGAUGCGGAUGGAGUGAGCACACUGUAUUUUACAACCCAAAUCCAUUCGACAGUCAACGAGGAAGGCAAUGGCAUAGAAAUCACGAGUAGUACCUCCAGUUUGUACAUCGAUGAGACGAAGAAAGCAAAUAUACCCACACCUCCUCCCACUGAUUCGCCUGACGAUGGCUCCAGUUCCAGACAAUAUAAGACGGGUCUGGUGCGACUCAUUGAGGGUACACGCAUUGGCAAUAGCACAACAACGUUGUACCAAUCGAAGGUUAUCGGCACAGUUAUUGACAACCGAUAUGCACAAAUCAUAGAAAGUACUUCUAGUUUCCUCUUCGAGAAAACAACUACUCCCGAAGAGGUUCAAGUUUCGGCAACAAUUUCGCCCACUGCGACUGACAACACUAUUGUGCCCACACAGCAGGUGAGCCUGGCUGUGACGCCAGCGGUGGUUGAGGGCAGCAUAAGCGAUGGUGUUUCUCAUGAAGAGUCAGAGGGCACUACUGAAGCAGAUCCGGAUGCCGACGAUGAUGGCAAAAACAAAGCCAAGUUGCCAUUCCAAACAAAGAAACGCACCUUUGCACCCGUCAUAAGACCAUUUGCAUCCCGAAAUCGGCCAACCUUUGCACCCAAACAAAAGACAUUAAGUGCCAGCAGUGCCACCAUUAUAACCAGAUCUGAUAUAACACCAACGAUCACAGCAACGCCAGCACUGAAAACAGUUGGCCGCUACGCUAGCUCAAGAAAGGGCGCUACCUCAAACAUACCAAUUGGAUUGAGUGAAAGCUCGAGCUCAAGACGUACGUUUGGUCGACCCAUUAAGUCAUCAAUCGGAGGCAAUCAACCUGCCGGCGGACUGCAGUCUAGCUCUGGUUUUGCACCCUCACGCAGUCGAUUUGCUUCAUCAUCUCGUGCAGCCCCAGUGUCUAGCUCCAGGCGCAUCAAUCCAUCUUUCCGACCGUCCUCUGGCUUGCCUUUUAGAUCCGGGUUCCCAAGCAUAAAUUUGCCCAAUGCCAGACCACGUAUAAGGCCAACUGCAUCUAGUGGUGCCCUGCCAGCUGACAGUGCGACGGCAACCGCACAAUCGACCGCUGAUAGCAGUGCCGAAGAGGAAAGCUCCACUCAAGAUCAGACAAAUGAUGAGGAGGAGACUACCACUGAAAACUCACGUCGUAAUCAAAAUCCCUUGCUACGGUUCCGGCGUCCCCUGAAUAGACCAAGCGGAUUUACGCCCAUUCCACGUCCCAACGCUAAUAGUGCUGUCACAAUUUCUCCAAGACGAAACCCGCUGUCAGGUCGCGUGAAGUCUCCAUCCACUACGACUACCACAACAACAACGGCAAGGCCACGUCCUCUUAGUUUCCAACGGCCCACCAUUUCCAGUCUUCAAGCACGCACCAGGCCGCAAAGCAAUUUGUUCCCGCCGCGUGGUCUCUUCCAACAACAACAAAAGUCCCAAGCAACAGAUAACGCAGAAAUAGGCCAGAGUGAAGGUGAAUCAGAAAACGAUUCCGAAUAUGACGAUGAUGAGGGAGACGAUGAGAGUGAAACCAACGCAAACCGCCGUAGGCGUCAAUCAAACAAGUCAGCAAACCACUCGCGUGUGCGUCGACAAGCCGAACCUUUAAAUAGAAGUCGCUUUCGCUUUCGUCGGCCCAAGACAGCUUCAACAACAACCGUCGAAGAGCCCAAAAGUAAUGAGGAGAUAAAUGAGACCACACCAGCGCCGCGAGCAAAAAUUAAUUCACGCUUCGGCUCUAGAUACCAGUCGCCGCAUAGAGAAUCCACAACAGCAACAACUACAUCAACUCACAGAUCAAUACGUCCCACCAGGCCCACCUCAAAUCGUACACAAUUCACACUGAGAGAAAAGGAUACUACGCCGAAGGGCCUUACACGGCCGGGCACCACAUCGAAUUUUCGCAGGCAACAGCCAUCAACCAGCUCAUCCUUAAGGCGUCCCGGGGCAACUACCUCCAGCAAUCGUCGUCUGAAGAGCUAUUCAAAUCAUAAUACGAACAACAACGUUGACAAUUCGGGUCGCACCUCGAGUGGCUCGCGCACACGCAACGGUAAUUUGAGUGGUUCGACGAGAGGCCGGGGCUCAGUGCGAAGCAGAAAUCGUAAUGAAUACAAUUCAGAUCAACAAUCCACAGAGUUGGGCAGUGUGACCAUUACUGUGACUCACGUCAUACCAGCCGAGGUCACUGUGCCUGUUGUCAAUGGCCAGAUAACCGAAUAUAAAAACAUUGUGACUGGCAAGACCAGCACUGAGGUGUUGGGACCCCAUCAGUACACAAAUAGUGUGGGCAACAACGGGCAGACCUCUUUAUAUCUUACGCGAGAGGAUUCAACUGUUAACUUUGCUGGCGCCACAGAAAUCACACGUUAUCUGCUGCACGAUUCAGCCACCACAACGAUUACAUUUACACCAACGACCAUACGUGGUCGCAAGACCUCUUUCUCCCACGUUCUUCCCUCCACAGUGUAUUCGGUCGAGAAUGUCGUUUCCACCGUACAGCCACAAAUUUCGGCCAACGCUCCGCUCGCCAAUAUUCUGCUCUCUCAGCUGCUAUUGGGCAACAUCAAUCUGCCCUCCAACCCGUUGCUCGGUGCGCUCGGUGGACCCGCAGGUGCAGCCGCAGCUCUUACGCAGCAGGGUUCAUUGCCCGUUGCUCCCACGGCCAUUCAAAAUACGCCAGUUACCGAGUAUCGCACGCAUACCUCGACAUAUGUGACAACCAUAUUUGACGGCAAGUCGACGGUGCUGCCAGUGACAUUCCAAGGAAAGAAAAUUCUGACCACCGUCUAUGACACAACCGCCCAGACCAUAACAGCGACGGAAUUUGUGACCGAUACCAUUGUGACCACGCCCACACAGAUGCAGCAACUGCAACUGCAGUCCGCUGGCCAAGUGGCACAAGUCAAUAGUCUUUUGCUGCAGCAGUUACUCCUGCAGCAGCAACAGCCUCUGUUAGAGCAGCCACUACAGGCCAUAACCCACACGGCCGCACCCAAUUUAUUUUUGACUGAAAACCUGCAGGACCUAGAUGCCCACAGUGCCAAGGCGGCGGGCCUUGGUGCCCAUGAGAAUAUCGAUGAUAUUGACGGUCUGGUUCCAAUCGUGGAAGACACACAGUCCACAAAGAGCAACCGCAAGAAGAAUCGAAAGUCUCACAAGAGCCAUAAGCGGAAUAAGCAGCAGGAUGCACGGUUGCCGGGUGAAGAUAGCACUGUCAUAACUCUAUACGUAUCCGGCCGGACUCCAGGCGAAUUUAGCACAAUUCUCUCGACCGUCCAGAAUGGAUAUGAUCAUUCGGCUUCGCUACACAAAAGACAAGCGUACGCUCAAAUACAGCAGACCACAGUCAUGGAUAGUCCAGAGGACUUAUAUAUGUCCGAGGGUAGUGAACUGGUUCAGUUGUAUUUGCGUCCCGAGGAGACGGACGAGAGUCGAACGAAUGGCAUCAAAGAAAUAGCAGACGAGCUGGAGAAGAAUGCGCUUGUGCUCGACUCGAGCGAGUCCAAAGCACAAACCGUGUCUUUGGAGAGUAUUGUGGGGGAUGUGGGACUGUGGUAUGCCAAGGCAACGAGCCAAGCGCAGGUGGUGGCUCCAACUGAGGAGGCAGUCGCCGCAACAUCGGAAAGCAAGAACACACUUUUCAACUCCACUUCUCCGGGGAACUCAAGCAAUUCAAAUCGUAGAGCAAAGCGUGACACAUCCGAUACCGACGCGAUUGUUACAAAUGCGACCACGACUGUGAGCAUGCGCCGCUUCAGGAAAGUACUGGUGCGGCGGAAGCCCCUGGAAGAUGCCCCAUCACUAGUCAAUAAUAAAAACAGCGACAGUCUUCUGCCACAGCCGCAGAUUUCGCAACCAAAGAGACACCGUGUUGUAAUAUUCAAGCAUAGAAUUUCAACUAAAAACCAAACAGAAUUGCCUACAGCUAUAGCCAUAGCACCAACACCAUCGCUGCAACUUCAAUCGGAAUCUGUAAGUUCCACAUCGGAUAGUUUGACGAAUGUGCCAAUCGAAUCGAAUUCAUCGAACACGAGCACUUCGAAUAAAUCAAAGGCCAGGCCCACAUCAGCAAAUAAAGUUCGCAAGAAUCGGCGCAGGCGACCAAAAACUCGAGAGCGAGAGCCAAGAAAAUUCAAAACCGACUCGGUUCGCCCAACAAUGACUUCCGAGCCCAUAGUCGAAACAGACACCAUCUACAAGACGUCGGAACUAACUACCACAGCCACAGAGCUGCUAACGCGCACCUACACCUAUGUCGUAGAUCGCGUCCACGACAAUCAGCACGAAAUACAAUCCUACUCGACAUUUACCAGGGUGAGCACCCGCACUGUGCCCCAAACUCUGACCAUCACGUCCACGUCCACUCAGCUCAGAACGAUCACAAUUGGCAGUACGCAGCCUCCGACUGGCUAG